GAACCGAUAGUAACUAACCACACAUAAGCCACUCGAGAUGAAGCCCUUUGCCUGCAUCCUGGUAAUCCUCGCCGCCGUCCUGUCCGUUGGUCAGGCUUCCCUUGGCGGUCUGCUCGGAGGAGGCGGUGGAGGUGGCGGUGGCGGCAUUGGCGGCAUUGGACAGCUGCUGCAGAGCAAGCUCGGCGGUCUUGGCGGCGGACUCGGAGGAGGCAGCGGCGGUGGUGGUGGUGGCUGGUCCUCCGGUGGCGCUCAGUCCGGUGGCUGGUCCUCCGGUGGUGGCGGCGGCGGCUACUCCGGUGGCGGCGGCUACUCCGGCGGCGGUGGAUACUCGGCCCCGGCUCCCAGGCCCGUGGAGAAGGUGGUCAUCGUGAAGGUCAUCAACGAGGGCUACUCCGGCGGCCAGUCGGGUGGCUACUCCGGCGGCUACUCCAACGGCGGUGGCUACGGCGGCGGCGGCUGGUCCUCCGGUGGUGCUCAAUCCGGUGGCUGGUCCUCCGGUGGCGGCUGGAACAAGGGCUGGUAAACGUUGGACCUAAAGAAGGAUCAACCACCACAAAUAGUUCAAACUGCCAACCAAAAUGCCAAGCAGAAGUUGCAGCUUCAGCAAGAUUAGGUUUUAACAAUAUAUUUUUUUUUAUAUUUCUUAGCGGUAUUUGUUUGUUAGAAUUUAUGCAAUAUAAAUGAAAAGAAUUUCCAUUUUUAAU